GCGGAACGCGGCUAAGCACCGGCUUCUCUGAGGCUCGCGGCCCAGGGCUCUCCGGGCCUACUCAGACGCCAGCCUUUUGCCCCUGGACCCGGCAGCCCAAGCAGGAGCCGUGGAGCUGGGCGCCAGCACUCUCGGCGCGCCAUGGGCCCGCGCCGCCGGAGCCGCAAGCCCGAGACCCCGAGGAGGCGCAGAGCGAGCCCGACCCCCAGCCCCACCCGACGGGGCCCCUCCUUAGGCGCUUCCUCACGUCCACGUGGUUAUCGAAGGCAAGGUUGGCUAAAGGAGAUCCGAAAGCUUCAGAAGAGCACACACCUCUUGUUAAGGAAGUACCCCUUCAGCCGCCUGGCAAGAGAAAUAUGUGUUAAAUUCACUCGUGGUGUGGACUUCAAUUGGCAAGCCCAGGCCCUAUUGGCCCUACAAGAGGCGGCAGAAGCAUUUCUAGUUCAUCUCUUUGAGGAUGCCUAUCUCCUUACCUUACAUGCUGGCCGAGUUACUCUCUUCCCAAAGGAUGUGCAACUGGCCCGGAGGAUCCGGGGCAUUGAGGAGGGACUCGGCUGAGCUCCUGUGCCCAGUGUUUCUGUCAGUCUUUCCUGUUCAGCCAGGGGGUAAGUGCAGCGGCUUUCUCAUGACUGGGGCUGGAAUUUCUCAAGGAAUUUCCUUUCUCCAUCCCUAGUUCCUCACCACUUUACCUUCCCUUGUUCUCAAGUAUAAAGGUUUGAUCUAGUUUUGACUGCCUGGGACUAUGUGGCUUGUGCCCUUUUGUACAAUGUUAGAUAAAGCAAUCUUUCUA